AUGCGAGGAGGAUCCAGUUCAACACCUACUGCCUCUGUUUCUUCUAAUAAGCGGCCACCUCGACCUCCACCUAAUGCAAGUUCAGAUGGAGGUGCAAAUUCAGCUGGAGGUGCAAGUGCUGCUAAAGAUGCUAGUGUUGCUGGAGAUGCUAGUGCAGAUGGAGAUGCAACUGAAGCUGUCAUAAAAGUGACAGAAACACAUAGCAAUAAGCGUAAAACCCCUGAAGAUGCAACUGAAGAUGACACAGAAGUGAGUCAAGUGACAGAACCAAAGGGAAAGAAACGUUCUGAUGUGUGGAACCAAAGGGAAAGAAACGUUACUCAAUCUUCUGGGGUUACUGAUGAUGAAGAUUCUGCAUAUGCUAGUCUAAUAGCAGAGAGAGCAAGAGAAGAUGAGGAGGAUGACAAUGUUGAGGGGAAAACUGAGUUGGAGUUAUAUUUAGAGGAGAAACGUGAACCAAGAAUUAGCCCUAGCGGUGUUCAGUUUGAAAUUUUAGGUUGGUGGAGGACUAAUAGUACAAGGUAUCCUGUAUUAUCACAUAUGGCGAGAGAUAUACUAGCCAUACCAGUCUCUUCUGUUGCCUCAGAAUCUGCCUUUAGUACUGGAAGGCGAGUUAUUGAUUCAUAUCGAAGUUCACUGCUGCCUAAGACUGUUGAGGCGUUGAUUUGCACGCAAAGCUGGUUACAGACACCGGUUGAUCUUGAUCCAAACACCUUAGGAACUGAUGAUGCUGAAGAUGUUUCAGAAUUUUUAGGUUCUCUUGCAACUUCUAAGUUCAUCCGCAUUGACAUAGAUGAUGAUGAAGAAGAAGAAGAUUCAACUUUGUUAUCGUGAAGUUGAUUAUAAAUGAUUUAACGGGUUAGCGGUAAG